GGCAUCCAGUCACUUCCUGUCACAAGGACACACAGACAGAUUAUCAAUGAGUCUAUACACACUGUUAAUAGUAUUGUGAAAGACCAUUUACACAUUACAUUGAGUUACUGUGACAUAAAAAAAAACAUCAAAAUUUUCGGUUUCAUAAAGAAAAGGCUCUCCAGUAUGAUACAAAAUGUACCUAUAUACAGAAAUUUACAACCGAAGAAGAACCCCAUUAGCGAUGAUUACCGAAUAACCGGAAGUGUUUUAGGGCUUGGUAUAAACGGAAAAGUUGUAGAAUGUUUCCAGAAGACAACAAAUCAAAAAUGUGCCUUAAAGGUCUUACGGGAUGUGCCAAAGGCUAGAAGAGAAGUUGAUUUACAUUGGCGGGCUUCAGGAUGUCCUUAUAUUGUCAGAAUAAUUGAUGUUUAUGAAAAUGUCUACAGUGGUCAGAGAUGUCUACUAGUAGUGAUGGAAUGUAUGGAAGGUGGAGAAUUGUUCAGUCGAAUACAAGAAAGAGCUGACAGUGCAUUCACAGAACGAGAGGCAGCAGAAAUAGUAACUCAGGUGGCUAGUGCCAUUCAUUACUUACAUUCCAUGAACAUAGCACACAGAGAUUUAAAGCCAGAAAACUUGCUAUAUACAAGAAAAUCUUCAGAAGGCGUUUUAAAGUUGACGGAUUUUGGAUUUGCCAAAGAAAUAACUACACAUACAAAAAGUUUACAGACACCAUGUUAUACACCAUAUUAUGUUGCACCUGAAGUGUUGGGUCCAGAAAAAUACGACAAAUCAUGUGAUAUGUGGUCAUUAGGUGUUAUUAUGUAUAUUUUAUUAUGUGGUUACCCACCUUUUUAUAGUAAUCAUGGUGCAGCUAUUUCACCCGGUAUGAAAAAAAGAAUUAGGAAUGGGCAAUAUGAAUUUCCUAAUCCAGAGUGGAGUAAAGUAUCAAAAGAAGCAAAAGAUUUAAUACGAGGUUUGUUGAAAACAAUUCCAGAAGAGAGACUAUCAAUAGGAGACGUAAUGUCAAAUAAAUGGAUAUCAGACAAUACAGUUGUACCUGAUACACCUUUAUUUUCUGCAAAAAUACUGAAGGAAGAUGAAGACAUGUGGCAGGAUGUACAGGAGGAAAUGACAAAUGCUUUAGCAACAAUGAGAGUGGAUUAUGAACAAUGUCCAAUAAAGAACUUAGCAGACUCUGACAACCCUAUACUUAAAAAACGAAAACUAAGAAACGAAGAACAAAUGGUUUGAAAUGUCAUCUAUUGUUGAAGAUUUUAGUCAAUUUAGUCAUUUUGAGAAUAGCAAAAUAUUCUUUAUAAGUGAGGAGAACAGAUUAUUCAGAUGGUUUUGUUCUUCAUAUGAUUUUUUGAUCGUUUUUCAAAGGAUAGUUAAAAACAUACUUUUGUUUUAUAUACUUGUUAUGAUGUUUGUUAUAGUAAUAUUUUAGAUGAACUUUUUUAAAUGGAAACAUCUAUGGAUAUAUUUUUUUCUGAAUAUUUAUUAACAUAAAACAUUAAAUAAAGUUCUGGAGAAUGUGCAUUGCAUUAAAUGCCAGGUCUUUAAAUUUCUAUCAGCUGAGGAAAAAGCUGUAUCGAAUUUGGAAGUUGUCGCUACAUGACAUAAAUAGUUUAUUACAAUUUAAAGCAAUUUUUCACAGAAUGACAGUAUUCUUCUAAAUUCUGCAGGCAGGAUUUUGUGUCACCUGGACACAUCUAGUUUUUAGAAAAUAAUAAUGGCCUUUUCCAAUUAAGUCUGGAGGAAAAAAAGGAAACAUGAUUUUUAUCAAAAGCAAGCUUUUUAUUUUUUCCCUAAUUGUGUAUCUUCAAAAAUAUAUGUUGUUAAGUGAAUAACAAUUGACACAGAUGAUGUAUUAAUAAUGUUGUAAAAUAUCUGUUUUGCCAUUGAUAACAUUGAUGAACUUCCUGGUGGAAUCAAGUAAUAAAUGUGAACUUUCUUUCUAGUUAACAGUGGUUCUCAAGGCUUUGAGAAAUCCAGUAAACCAUUCUUCUUAACUGGACCAGAUUCUAUUUUACUGGACAUUUACAUGCAUAAUUUGGACAAAAUUAAAAAUUUUACUGGUCAUUUGUCCAGUAAUGCAUAUCGCUUAACUGGACCAUACCAAUUUUUCUGGACUUUGCCCAAUGUACGGUGACCUUGGGAAUGAUUGAGUUUAUUUAUCAUGAUCCUCUACAUAAGUUAGGACUAAACAAGAAAAAAAUAAUAAAUUGGGAUGGAGAGGGUUGAACAGAAUUUGUUUUCAUAACCCCACCUUUUUACAGAUUCAAUAGAAUAUCAAAAGUGUUUUAUAUAGUGAUAAUGGUCUUGAGCCCAAUUACAUGUACUAUUAUUAUUUUCAAAAAUGUCAAUCUACCAAGCAUCCCUUACUUUUUGCAAAUUUUCCUUGAAUAACCAUUAUGAGGAUCACUGAUAAAACAUUUGAAUGGAUACCGGUACAUAUAGUUCUUAAGCAUUUAGUUGUUGAAAGUUUUUCAUCAUAUGUCUGAUAUCAUUUUGUCAUAUAUCAUUUCAUGAUAGAAGAAAGAUUUCAUGAAAACUGUAUUUCGACAAUAAAUAUAUUUAGUGACUAAACAUUCAUCGUUUCUAUCAAUUUUUCUGAAAGAAGGGUAUUUUCAGCAAUUUUGUGCAACUAACAAUGGACAGAAAACUGCAGAUAUUUUAAAAAUAAUGUAGAUGAAAUUAUACUUUAUAAUAAAUUUCAUGCAUUUAAAGCACCUUUCUGGAUUUACCACACCAAGGUGAGGAGCAAUAUGACCGAAAUGGACCUAAAAUCUUAAUUCAUCCAAGGUCAACUUUGCCUGAGGGAGUUUGAACCUUAGUAUCUAAAUAAUUUCUCUUGAUUUAACAACGGAAUUAUAUUUGAUGAAAUCAUGUCAGUUCUGAGGCACUGACUACUAUGCUUUUGAACUGUUAAUUUAUGUAUACAAGUAACAACUAUUCUGAAAUUGUUCAGUAUUGAGUAUUGAAACUUUUUCCUCAUCAUACAGACAUAAAUUUACUAGAUCAUUGCAAUAUUCUGAGCAUUUAUUACAAUCUUCACCAGUUUUAGAGAAAUCAUACUAAGAAAAUGUUCCCACGUUUAGACAGUAUAUUAAGUAUGUGAAAAUUGAUAGCAAGUGCCAUAAAUGGACUUUGAGAGAACAAUUGAGAAAUGCUUAUUGUGAAUAAUAUCUUUCAAGUUCAAACAAACUUUUCUUAAUGAUUAGAUCGUACAGAUCUUGUGACAUUGAGGUUAUUAUUGUGAAGGGAAUUCAAGAGAGAACUGCUUUUGUAUUGAAUAUUUUUCCAAAACAUAACAUGUAGGUGUUAUUUACAAUUGAACUGAAAUCUGAAUGGACAGAGAAAAUGGAACAGUAUAAGUACAAAAUAUAACCUCUUCAUACAAAACAAUGUUAUACUCACAAGGAAAUUAAAGUUUACAUUUCCUGAUAUAUCCAUUAUAAUAUUUGUUUUAUAAGUAGACACUUUAUAAAAGUUAAUGACCUUGAUUAUAUAUAUAUAAAACACCGUACUAAAAAUAGGUUGUGAUUUCAUACCAUUCAUAUUAUAAAUACAACCUUUUGAAACAACAUAUUGAUAUAUUUAGUGAACAUAUUUUACAUGUGGAAUGUAUUUUUUUCUAUGAAUUUAGAAAUAAUGUUGCAUUAUGGGAACUUCUUUGUUUUGUAUGUUCUGAUUGGUCCAGAUUUUUUUCAAAGGAUGCUGAAACUGAACAAAGAGGACGGAAGUUCAAUCUAUUAAUUGAUCCAUAUUACUUUUUCAAAGGAAUUUGAUAUCCAAGAAAAUAUAAAUCUCUGUAGCUUUUAGAAAGGUCACAAUAAAAAAACACGGGUAUCUGGCAAAAUUAUUUAUUAGAUUCUGGUCUGCACUCUUUUAAAGCUUUAGAAAUCUAUUGCCAUAAUAGUUGUAGUAAAAUUUACAUGUAGCUGUUAGCUUCACAGCCUAUCUAUAAGUGUUUACAAAGUGCAAUAUAAUGAAGUUAUCUUGUAUGUUAGGUAGACCAUGAAAUGAAGUAUAAACUAGCAAUUGAAAAGGUAACUAUUGCCCUUAUUUGUCUGUUGAAUCAUUGAACUGUCUGUAGGAACAGUUUGUCUACUUUUGUUAUAUUUAUAAUAGCAAAUAAAUAAUAUAUGGUUCACCAAUCAAUUAAACGAAAUAUUUACUAACUUGACACUUCAGAAAUUUAGCUGUAACUGGGAUGAAGAAGUAAGGUUAUCAAAGCAGAUUGUUUUUUCAGUAUGUGACACACUAUUUAUUAUAAGCAUCUUGUCCAACUUCUUUAUAAAUACCAUUAAGUAGUGUUGGUAGAUUAUUGUUAUGUGCUUCAUUAUGAGAUCAUGGAGAUGGGUUUUGAUGAACUUGCAACUUUUACACUGUGAUAUUUAUAAUAGUGAACAGAGAUCAAAGAAAUAGAUUCCAAACCCUGUAAAUUUUUCAGUUUUUGUCGAACAUAAGUUUAUUAUGACUAAAGUGAUUGUAGGUGUCUUGCUGUGUUGAUUUUGUCAUCGCUCCACGAACAAUGAAUCAGUAAUUACCGGUAGCUUUAGAGGGCUAAGAUAUAAGCCUCAGAUCUUGUGUAAUCUAAAUGGAUUAGUAUAUGCAUACUUGUAUUGCUUCCAUUUUAUAAUUUCUUAAUUAAUAACCAGUGGAAAUCUGUCAAGGAUUAUGAUUUACUUCACAAAUGGAGAACUUGCAGUUUCUUUGUACAAUGUGUUGCUCUUUUGAAACAUAUUGGCCCCACUCUAAAAGUGGAAGCUAUAUUGCAUUCACCUGGUCUGUCUGUGUGUCUAUUUGUCAAACAAAUAUUUCUGUCACACUUUUCUUAAGUACUACUGAACAGUAUGGUUUCAUAUUUUGUCAGCAGUUUUGCAGUGAUGAGUAUUAUUCAGAUAUUUGGGAAUUUGGACAUCAACUUCAUGUUGUAUUGAUACUUUAGAUUUUGUAAUAUGUUGAACAAACUAAAAAACAUUUGUCACAUUUUUCUUGUGUACUACUUAACAAAAUAACUUCAUACUUGAUCAGCAGCUUCACAUUGAUGAGUUGUUACAUGUGAGAACUUUUCAGAUUUGUGUGAUACCUACUUCCUGUUUGCCGAUACUUUGAAUUUAUCAAUAUUUUGAAUGAACUUAAUAUUUUUCAUCACGCUUUUCUCAAGUACUACUGUACAGAACUACUUCAUAUUUAGUCAGCAGCUUAUCAGUGGUGUGUUGUAACAUGUGAGCAUUGGAUCUGUAUGACACCUACUUCCUGUUAUCUGAUACUUUAAAUUACAAGUGGGGGUAUGCUUAGCACAACAUCAUGUGCAGUCUUGUUAAGCGUUUGAAUGAUAUGUUGAUGAUUUUGGUUAUUUUGCUAGGAUAUCAGCCAAUCAGCUAUUUUCUAAUAUGUGCUACUGACUUCUUGAUUGCAAGUAAUGUAAAGUGUGGUCCAGUUUAUUUAAAAGCUAAGGACUUAAUGAUGCUAAGCUGAUAAGUAUAGUUUUGGUUCUGAAUGAAAGAUUUAUUUCUUGAUUUACAUCUGAGAAGUAGUCCACAAAAAAGUUUGGAAAAUAAACACAAAUAGGGAUUCUGGAAAAGGGGUAAAGUAAAGAAUAUGAUGGUGAUUCCAAAAUCAGGGCAGACAUUCUUCUGUGUCAAUAAGCCAAAUACUCAAAAUUAGGAAGUAAAAGUAUGAGUGUUGUAUCUCACAUAUUUUCUGUUAUGUAAUGUUAAAGUGAAAAAUGAAAACAUGUUCUCUGUUGUUAUAAGUAAUACCCACACUGCUUACUUGAUUAAAUAUAUUUAGAAAGUUGUUACACUGUAUUUUCAUGAUUGUUAUAUCAUUAUACUUGACUUAACACUACUAUAUUUUGUUUCAUUGUUAAGAAUACUUGAACAAUUAGAGAGAUACUUGUGAAAUUGUGAUAUAUUUUGUUUCGUAUGAUUGAGAAAAUGUAAACAAUAAAAUAUUUGUAAUUUUU